UUUUAAGGUAGCCCAUAUUAAACCGAAAUUUAUAGGUUCAAAAACUUAUUCCGGUUCCGGUUCAGGUGAAAACCCAUUUAAACUAGACAAAUACAGCGUGGUUUGCGCAUGUUACCCGACAACAUCAUUUUCUUCUCUCUCAUCCUCUCUUUCUUUCUCUCUCUUCUCUCCUCUUCUCUCAGUCUCAAAACGAAGGAAGCAGAGGAGCAACGAUCAAUGGCGGCCAACACUUUCGCGACAAAGCUAAGCAGAAACACAAACAGAGUUACAGUAGUCUUGGUCUACGCUUUCCUUGAAUGGCUUCUCAUGUUCUUCAUCUUCCUCAAUUCCCUUUUCACUUACUUCAUCGUAAAAUUCGCCUCUUUCUUCGGCCUCAAGCAAGUCUGCCUUCUCUGCCCAAAGUUAGAUCGAAUCUUCGAGGGAAAACCGGAAAAUAGAAUUACUUUCAGAGAGCUUUUAUGCCAAAAUCACAUCGCGGAGCUAGCAAGUCUGAAUUUUUGCAAAACUCACGGGAAGUUAUCCGAAUCGGUGAACUUGUGCUCAGACUGCUCAGAUCGCAAAGAACGGAGCAACAUUGGUUUAGGGUUUUGCACAUGUUGCCAAAAGAGCUUGGCAGAAAAGCCCUAUCCUAGUUACUUGGUUAUCAAGUCAUCAAUUUGGGGGAAAACUCUCGGUGACAGAGAAAACGGAGGAUUGAUCUUAGAGAUGAUCGACGAUGAUAAAAUUGGAGAUGGAUUCGAGAUAGAGAGAGAAACUUACCCCUUAGGGUUCUUCAAAGAGAAACCAGAAGAAGAAGGAAAGACACAAGAGCAGCAGCAAAAUGGUGAAGUGAUUUCAGAUGUCGAGAGCUAUGGUUUAAGCCUAAGAGAAGUGUCUGAGGAGGAUGGGUUAAGAUCUGUCAUCAGCAAUAAUUUUCUCGGCAACGAAGACGAAGUCACCGAACCUAAGUCAAGAGUUUCAGAGGAUGAACAAAGGGAUGAUGACACAGGCAAUGUUGCGACAGAUGGGGAAGACAACAUCUCAGGGCGUGUGGAUGAUGAAGAAGAAGAAAUAGAACAAACAGAAAGAGUAGUUUUGUUGGAUGAUCAAUUUGGGAGCAAGAAUGAAGCUUUUGUCAUCGAAAAUCUCUCUGUUGGAUUUGAUCCUCUUUUAACAGGUAGUCAAAAUGAAGAAGAAGAAGAAGAUCAAGAAGAAAACAAUAAGGAGUUUCCGGACACUCCAACUUCAGGCAAUACUUUAUUGCACAAUAAACUUAUUUUUCUUUCCAAAACUGAGUACGCAGCUGCUGAAGAUGCAAGAGAUGGGAGCGUAGUAGCGAGUGAGAUGGACGGCGAUGAUCCUUCAAGGACUAUCGAACGGCUGAGAGAGACUGUGAAAGCAGAGCAAGAAGCACUGAGAGGUUUAUAUGCAGAGCUGGAAGAAGAAAGGAGCGCGUCUGCGAUAGCAGCUAACCAGACGAUGGCGAUGAUCACGAGGCUACAAGAAGAGAAGGCGAAAGUUCAGAUGGAGGCGUUGCAGUAUCAGAGAAUGAUGGAGGAACAAGCCGAGUAUGAUCAAGAAGCCUUGCAGCUGUUGAAUCAUCUGAUGGUGAAACGAGAGAAAGAGAAGGAAGAAAUACAGAGAGAGCUUGAGGUUUACCGAGCAAAGGUUUUGGAGUACGAGAAGAACAAAAUGAUCACAGCUACGAAAAGCGGUUGCGAGGCUGAUGAUGAUGAUAAAAAGGAGGAGAAUGGAGAAGAGGAUAGCUCUUCUGAGACGGAUGUGGAUUUGGAGAAGAUGACAUUGGAUUGCGUAAAACAUAUGGGGAUGCUUGAUGAAUCUUUAUCAGAGUUUGAGGAAGAGAGGUUAGUGAUUUUGGAUCAGCUUAAGGUGUUAGAGGACAGGCUAUUAACAAUGCAGGACAACGAAUCUGCAGAGGAUUCAAAGUUUCCAGGAGAAUUCAGCAAUAGUUACGAAGGAGAGAGUUAUGAGCAUGAAGGAGUGACAAUGGCAUCAAUGGCAAAGAGUCUGCUUCCUCUUCUAGACGCUGCAGAGAACGAAUCAGAAGACGAGUAUGAAGAUCUGCAAGAAUCCGUUGAAAAGAACUUUGGUUCGGAAAGCGAGAAGCUAGAGAUCAUCAAACAAGUAGAUAGUGUCUAUGAGAGGCUACAGGUGCUUGAAACGGAUGGAGAGUUUCUGAAAAACUGUAUGAGUUCGGGGAAGAAAGGCGACAAAGGAACGGAUCUUCUUCAAGAUAUAUUGCAACAUCUCCGCGAUCUCAGAAACAUUGAACUCACUGACACAAUCGAGAAACCAGACGACACAUGACGAGUGAUGUCUAUUUACAAGAAUUAUGAAGUCUCUGGCCAUUAUUCAGACAGGUUUCAAGAACCUGCACUGCACAGUGCAGGAUCUGAGAGUUAUAGAAAUUCUUAGAUGUUUCUUGUUUGUGUCUUUUUUUUUUUGUUAUUGUUUGGAGUACCAAAAAGGUUUCACAUGAGUCUUUGGAUUUGUAACUGUCAUGUAAAUUGUUUGUGUUUCUUGUAGUUUAUGAGAGUUUUUCAGUUGGAAAAAAAUAAAAUAAUUAUUGUUUAAAAGUA